GGCGAAAAGGACGAUGGGAGCCACCAUGCAAACCAAGUCCAUAUGAUAUGGCGUGAGGACCGUUGCGCAUUCCUUUGUUUUACCAACCACCGUACUUCGGUCUGCCUCUAUGUUUCACGGGACAUCGGGUAACGAAAUUCCUGAACGACUGGGAAGUUUAUGCCUUGAGAGCAGGAUGGACUGAUCGGGAAGCGAUAAUGGGAUUCAUUAAUCAUACCGAUCUCAAACUAGACAAAGACGUGCGUGCUGCUAUACCCGAGGAUUGGAAGUGGGCAACUUUCAGAGAACGAUUGUCUCGAGCCUUUGCAUGUGACGACAUCUUCUACUCGAUCGAGGACUUAAAGGAGAUGAAGAAGGAGGAAGGAGAGACGUUAGUGGCGUUUGCGAGACGCUUUGAGACGGCAUCUGAACCAUUGAUAGAAAAUGGGUUUCUCGGUGAGAUAGAACGAUGCGGUAUAUUCAUUGGGACUCUACCUAUCAAGAGAAGGGAGUUUGUUAUGGAGAACACGCCCACUAAAAGGUUGUCGUUCGCUCAGACGAAGGCAUUGGCUUUGCAGACUAAGGGACUGGAUGCCAAAGCUUAUCUACAUGGAGUGUUGGAGAAACUAGGAAAAGGAUUACCCGGAAGUCAUUCAGAAAAACAAUUCGGCGAUGAGGAUGGAAGAGAGUUCAUGCCGCCUGACAAAAGUAAAGUAAGUAGAGACAGUGGGGAAUGGAAAGGAGGAAACCGUGACAACUGGAAGAAGAACAACGGAAAAACGCAGGAGGUGGUUCGGGGAGAGAUUUGGAUGCCGGGCAUCAGGUUUGAGGAGAACCGGUAUACGGAGGAGAAUGAGGGGGUAGAUAUACUCUCUCGAGCUUCUACGGAGACGGAUAUUGACAUUGAAACGAGGACAGCGGAAGAGCCAGAGCAGGGAAAGUUCUGGGUAUCGAGUGUCCGGUUUGAGGAGGACCCAGACCCGAAUGAUAGUCUGACGGUUGGGGUUUCGAAUAUUCGGUUCGAGAGUUGCGAGGAAGAUUCUGAUGCAGCUCUAGUCUGUGCUAAGAAAGUGAGUGAGGAAUCAGAUGAAAAUAGAGCCGAUCAUACUAACUUUGAAUUCAAAGUAUCGCCAAGGGGCGAAGGACCGAAGGUUAUUAAGGAAACGUGGGUAGAUCAAACCAUGACAGAGGAAAUGAUACCAAUAAUUGAAGAAUGCGAACGCUUGAAAAAGACAGGUGAUACUCAUAGCAAGGGGGCAGGGGACUCAGACAUAAGCUAUGAGCUUACCCCAGCGUUUAAGUCUGUAGAGCGAGAUAUCAGCUACGAGCUGGAUCAACUUUCUGAGACCAUCGAGCCAAAUGUUAGCUAUGAGUUGGCGCAACUGUUUGGGACCAUCGAACAUGAUGACGAUUAUGACUUAGCCCAACUCUUUGAGGCCUCCAAACCGGAUAUGGACUAUGGGCUUACCCAACUGUUUGAGACCAUCGAUACGUAUGAAAUCGAUGUUGAGAACUUUCUCAAGACAACAAGGAGCCGUAAUCAGGCAGCUGCGAAAGAUGUCGAAGGCUCCGGAAUGGAUCAAUGCAAGUCAUUAAGAAAGUGCGACGUGGUGAGUAUUGGGGGUGAAUUCGUUGAAGACUGUUUAGGGAGUCAGGAGAAUGAUAACCCACUCGCGUUUGACCAAGAAGAGGAAGAGAGGACCGUGAUGGAAGUGAAAUUUCUUGUGAAUACGGACAGUCCGAAAAACAUGUCGAUGAGAAUUAUGAAAAUGUCAGGACUUGAGGAGUUAUUGGAAGCGGAGAAACCCCCUGUGGAUGUGAGGAGAUUCGAGGAUAGGGGCUUGGUCGGAACUGGAAAUUCGGUAGCAGGUUCGGGAAUUGUGGUUGAGAAGUGAGAUUGGAAUGUAGACUUGCUUUCCCUCUUGCUGCUGACCCUUGUCUCUGCGUAUACUCGUGCAUACUAUGGCUGGUGCUGUUGCUCUUGCCUCGGCCAAUCAGUUCACGACACUUUCAUAACUAGUUGCCCCUUUGUGUUCGGCCUCGGUGGUGGUAUAAAGGGGGGAUUACACUCCUUGGUGGGGAUAUGGAUCCGUCUAAGCCUGUCGUGCGGGGCUUUUUCUGCGAAGCCUUUCUAUACUCCCUUGAUGCUCUCAUUGAGUGGGUGGAGACGAGAUGGGAAGAGGACAAAAGCGCUCGAGAACGAGGAUGCUGGACCUAAAAGGUUCAAAAACCUGACAUUGAAAGAGGAGGGAAGUAUACCAUUUAUCAGACUGAUAAAGUCGAUUAGUAAGCGUAAAAGCGGGGGUAGACCCUACUUCCACAAGUGGCGAGACAAAAUCAAAGUCUGCUGGAGUC